AUGGCCUGCGGCGACAUCAGCGGGAAUGUGGCGGGCCUUCAACGGGUGCUGAAGCAAAUCAAGUACCCUGGCAUCGUGGAUGAGGUCGGCCUGCGCUUGGGCGACCCGCUGGCAUGCCUGCCCCUGCUGCAUUUCGUCCUGCUCAAGUACUCGCGCCACGUCUGCGCCCACACCCUGGCGUGCGGCAUCGAGCUGCACGGGAAGACAGAUCAGCGCUUUGUGGAGCAUGCUUUCCGCCUGAUGAGGGACCACCUGGGGGUCAAGACGGCGCUCACGCCGGCGCACUUCUUCUCCCAGGGGUUUGCAGAGCGCAAGGUGCUGCUGCUGCGGGACGCGGCGCGCGCGGCCAGGGCCGUCCACGCGGCGGGCGCCAAGCGGGAGCGCAUCAGCCAGCAGCGAGUGGCAGCGCGGCAGGUGAAGGGGACUCGCGCGGGCCGCGGCUGCGCGUGA